AUGAUCAGUUGCAAACUCAGACCGUGGACGUGGUACAUUCCCAAACGUUUCGCCGGCAUCGUCAGUGAGUUUUUUGUGAUUCUUGGCACCACACAACAACUCGUCAAAGCGACAAGUGAAGCCAAUCCGUUGACCAAACCUGUGCUAAACAGUUGUCGUAUCGCCCCUUCUGCCCUGGCCUAUUCACAUUUCCUAUUUCCUCCUAUUCACACCUUCACUGUUACAAUUUGUACCGUUCUUAUUUCGAUGUCGUGUGGUGUGCUCCUUCGAGCGGCAUUCAUGAGAACCCUGCAAACUCCUCCUUCCAUAGGUCUUAUCACAGUCUCUCUCUUGCCCCGUAAGAUCCGUCUGUUCUCUCUUUGA